AUGGCCACCACUCUCUUCAACUCUCUCUUCCGUCGCGCUCCACAAGUUCCACCUCCCGUCAAAUUUCCGUACACCUUCAAAAGCAAUCCCUACAAAGCCAAGCGACCAUGGCCUCCGGACUUCAGCCAGCUCUCCAGCAAGCACCAGUUCCGUCUCGAGCGCCGCUACCGUCGAAGAACGAAGCUGAAAUGGGCGAGGCCGGGAUGGAAGAAGGCGGUGACGUUGGUACAGUGGGGCAGUAUUGUGGCGGUGGGCAUCUACGGGGUGUUGUUUCUGGAAGUGACUGAAGGGCGAGAACGAGGGGUUGGCGAAGGGCAGGGGGAGAGAACCAGGGGCAGGACUGUGUUUGAUGGAGUGCGAAAGUGGUAUUGGGCACAGAUGGAUGAGUUUCGGGGAACAAGGGAGGUUAAUGGGAGUCAAGGGCGGCAGAGUGGAUGA